AUGAGAGUUCUGACGGUUUUGGCAGUUUUUGUAUGCAGUCUUCUUGUUUCAGAAGCAGUACUUCCCACAUUCUACCGUAAUUCCCGUGGUGAGACCUUUUUUUUUAGCUUUGAAAAUGUGCAGCACAAGUAGGGAAAAGCUAACUCGCUCGUAUAAAAUGAAGACAUUUGUGAAACUUUCCGGAAAAAAGUCAAAAGUUUACAGAAAAAUUCAACCAUUUUCAGAAUACCAAGUUUUUGGAGAGAAAUAUUCCUAAUUCUCUCAUGGCAGGAUUUUUUGAAGAAGUUCAAUCUUCCUGACAGACUUUUUUUCAGGAAGUGAAGGCUUUUAUGGAGAUUACAUAGUUUGAAAAAAAAUUUCACCUUCGAACGACCUACCAUGAAAGUUUGAAACUGAUACGUUAUAUUCAGUUCACGAACUUUUCUAACCAGGAAAUAGCUUUUUCAGACUAUUACGACACCGGUCUUCCAGAAAACUUUGAACAACGAGAAGAACUUCCUGCUGACUCAACGAUUUCAGAAAACCAAGGCUUCUUGAAGCAAGUUUUUUUCUCGACACUUCCAUAAAAAAUAUAAUUCAAUUAUGAAGUUUUGCGGAUUCAUUUCUUGAUUAUCUUCAUUCAAAAAAAUUUUUAUAGAGAAAAGAGAGGGAUGAUGAGAAUGGGCAAACGGGCUCUGGUUCGUCUUGGGAAACGUGCUGUUUUUCGUCUUGGAUAGCUGAAUUUCUCAACAUUUAUUUUGUUACCAAUCUUCGAACUGUAUCCUUGUCCAAAUAAAAUUACAUCAUGUUGAUUUGAAGCUGAGUUUGCUCGAAUUCCAAAAGAUGGUGCAAGAAUGUCUUACCGUACUUUUUAUUCCAUGAGACAUAGUGCUUGACUGACUGCAGCAAGGAAUGCCUUGCCAUGGGAACUUUUUUUUUCCAGCCAUAAAGAACAAUAUAAAUCAGAAGUGAAUCGUUUCUUGGAAACGAAGAAGCAUUUGGAAGAUAAUUUUUUUGUAAGAAUUCGAUUUCUAAUUCCGCACUUCCGCCAGCAUCUGGAUUAAUACACUUACACGGAGCUGCAAAUCGAAAAACUUUUAUGACCCCUAAGUCAUGACUUGUGAAAAAUGUGCAUGAGUUAUUGCCACAAAGUUAUUUGGAUGUGAAGUUAUGAGGAAUGCUCUGAGUGUUUGGUGAUACAAAUGCUUCGACAUUUUUCUUCUGAGUUGGAUAGCCUAAUUACAACUUUCCGCUUAUAAUCCUCCACAUGUACACAUUUUGACAGUUAUUUAGAUUUUUUGGUGAGAUAUGGUUUUUUUCUGCGGAUGAAAGGCAUAUGAGCAGUGAGAAGUAGAGUCAAAGACAAAUAUGUCAUUUUUUAAAACUCUUCAUUGCGUGUCGAACGGUGUACUUGAAAACGUACAUAACUUUUGAGUUUUCCAGAAAAAAAAGAAAUAAUGAAGUCGGAAAGACUGGAAUUUGUAUUCCGCGAAAAACUCGUUCCGCAGAAAAGUUGCUCUAUGGACAACAAGCUUUACCGUUUUUCGGUUUUAUCUCAAUUUUCUUCAAACUGCAAUUUUUCUGCUCUUCCCAAAGUUUAUGUUCUUAUGAAAUCUUUCAGUUUACUGUGAAAAGUUUUUCGUACACCCUUAGAAAACAUAUUUCUAACUAAUUGGCGGAUAAAUGAAGUUGCGUUUUCUAAAAAUGUACCAGUAACUGUUAUUAUUUAAUGGAUUGUUCCAUUUGCAACGACUACCUUCAACAGAUACUGAUUUCUCUCAAAACCCUGUUUUUCACUGCCCAUAAGCUUUGAUACUGGGAUCUCUGACAAUCAUUCCUUUUAGCACAUUAUUUUCGACCUAUCAUUCACCUAGAAAACUGACUCUCGAAUGAUAAAUCAGUUGUCAGUUUCUCCAUUUUCAGGGAUCUGAAGACCUUCUUUCCGAGAGAAGAACACGCAGUGCGGUCGGCUCCGGAAGUUCUUUCCCGGAGCCGCACACGGCUCUUUUUUCACAGGGACCGGAGUCGAUAUGAAGGUCGGUUUUUCUUCUUGAAAUAAAAACUGAGAUUUCUAUGAACGAUCUCCUUCUGCAACUCCUUUUCGAUCAUAUCAUUCACCUAGAAAACUGAUUCGCGAAUGAUAAAUCAGUUGUCAGUUUCUCCAUUUUCAGGGAUCUGAAGACCUUCUUUCCGAGAGAAGAACACGCAGUGCGGUCGGCUCCGGAAGUUCUUUUCCCGGAGCCGCACACGGCUCUUUUUUCACAGGGACCGGAGUCGAUAUGAAGGUCGGUUUUUCUUCUUGAAAUAAAAACUGAGAUUUCUAUGAACGAUCUCCUUCUGCAACUCCUUUUCGAUCAUAUCAUUCACCUAGAAAACUGAUUCGCGAAUGAUAAAUCAGUUGUCAGUUUCUCCAUUUUCAGGGAUCUGAAGACCUUCUUUCCGAGAGAAGAACACGCAGUGCGGUCGGCUCCGGAAGUUCUUUCCCGGAGCCGCACACGGCUCUUUUUUCACAGGGACCGGAGUCGAUAUGAAGGUCGGUUUUUUUCUUCUUGAAAUAAAAAAACUGAGAUUUCUAUGAACGAUCUCCUUCUGCAACUCCUUUUUCGAUCAUAUCAUUCACCUAGAAAACUGAUUCGCGAAUGAUAAAUCAGUUGUCAGUUUCUCCAUUUUCAGGGAUCUGAAGACCUUCUUUCCGAGAGAAGAACACGCAGUGCGGUCGGCUCCGGAAGUUCUUUCCCGGAGCCGCACACGGCUCUUUUUUCACAGGGACCGGAGUCGAUAUGAAGGUCGGUUUUUCUUCUUGAAAUAAAAACUGAGAUUUCUAUGAACGAUCUCCUUCUGCAACUCCUUUUCGAUCAUAUCAUUCACCUAGAAAACUGAUUCGCGAAUGAUAAAUCAGUUGUCAGUUUCUCCAUUUUCAGGGAUCUGAAGACCUUCUUUCCGAGAGAAGAACACGCAGUGCGGUCGGCUCCGAAAGUUCUUUUCCCGGAGCCGCACACGGCUCUUUUUUUCACAGGGACCGGAGUCGAUAUGAAGGUCGGUUUUUUUCUUCUUGGAAUAAAAAAACUGAGAUUUCUAUGAACGAUCUCCUUCUGCAACUCCUUUUUCGAUCAUAUCAUUCACCUAGAAAAACUGAUUCGCGAAUGAUAAAUCAGUUGUCAGUUUCUCCAUUUUUCAGGGAUCUGAAGACCUUCUUUCCGAGAGAAGAACACGCAGUGCGGUCGGCUCCGAAAGUUCUUUCCCGGAGCCGCACACGGCUCUUUUUUCACAGGGACCGGAGUCGAUAUGAAGGUCGGUUUUUCUUCUUGAAAUAAAAACUGAGAUUUCUAUGAACGAUCUCCUUCUGCAACUCCUUUUCGAUCAUAUCAUUCACCUAGAAAACUGAUUCGCGAAUGAUAAAUCAGUUGUCAGUUUCUCCAUUUUCAGGGAUCUGAAGACCUUCUUUCCGAGAGAAGAACACGCAGUGCGGUCGGCUCCGGAAGUUCUUUCCCGGAGCCGCACACGGCUCUUUUUUCACAGGGACCGGAGUCGAUAUGAAGGUCGGUUUUUUUCUUCUUGGAAUAAAAAAACUGAGAUUUCUAUGAACGAUCUCCUUCUGCAACUCCUUUUCGAUCAUAUCAUUCACCUAGAAAAACUGAUUCGCGAAUGAUAAAUCAGUUGUCAGUUUCUCCAUUUUUCAGGGAUCUGAAGACCUUCUUUCCGAGAGAAGAACACGCAGUGCGGUCGGCUCCGGAAGUUCUUUCCCGGAGCCGCACACGGCUCUUUUUUCACAGGGACCGGAGUCGAUAUGAAGGUCGGUUUUUCUUCUUGAAAUAAAAACUGAGAUUUCUAUGAACGAUCUCCUUCUGCAACUCCUUUUCGAUCAUAUCAUUCACCUAGAAAACUGAUUCGCGAAUGAUAAAUCAGUUGUCAGUUUCUCCAUUUUCAGGGAUCUGAAGACCUUCUUUCCGAGAGAAGAACACGCAGUGCGGUCGGCUCCGGAAGUUCUUUCCCGGAGCCGCACACGGCUCUUUUUUCACAGGGACCGGAGUCGAUAUGAAGGUCGGUUUUUCUUCUUGAAAUAAAAACUGAGAUUUCUAUGAACGAUCUCCUUCUGCAACUCCUUUUCGAUCAUAUCAUUCACCUAGAAAACUGAUUCGCGAAUGAUAAAUCAGUUGUCAGUUUCUCCAUUUUUCAGGGAUCUGAAGACCUUCUUUCCGAGAGAAGAACACGCAGUGCGGUCGGCUCCGGAAGUUCUUUUCCCGGAGCCGCACACGGCUCUUUUUUUCACAGGGACCGGAGUCGAUAUGAAGGUCGGUUUUUCUCCUUGAAAUAAAAACUGAGAUUUCUAUGAACGAUCUCCUUCUGCAACUCCUUUUCGAUCAUAUCAUUCACCUAGAAAACUGAUUCGCGAAUGAUAAAUCAGUUGUCAGUUUCUCCAUUUUCAGGGAUCUGAAGACCUUCUUUCCGAGAGAAGAACACGCAGUGCGGUCGGCUCCGAAAGUUCUUUCCCGGAGCCGCACACGGCUCUUUUUUCACAGGGACCGGAGUCGAUAUGAAGGUCGGUUUUUCUUCUUGGAAUCAAAACUGAUAUUUCUAUGAACGAUCUCCUCUUGCAACUUCUUUUCAACCAUAUCAUUCACCUAGAAAACUGACUCUCGAAUGAUAAAUCAGUUGUCAGUUUUUCCAUUUUCAGGGGCUCGACGACGUACGAAUCUCGGAGCCGAACACGGCUCUUUCUUCACAGCGAGAAGACUCCAUAUCGAGGUCGGUUUUCUUCUCGAAAUAAAAAGAUUUCCAUGAAUGUCAUUUCCUCCAUUUCCAGGGGCCCGAAGACCUUCGUUCCGAGAGGAAAGUCGGUUCACGCCAACACUUCACCGACGAGGCGAGAAAAUUUUGUGUAG